CUAAAGGCCUUUAAUUAUAACAUUGGCACCGACCGAGUCAACGUAAAACAUUGACUGAAGAAAGAAAACGACAAAACUUUUCAAAACGGUCUUUCUCUGUAACUUUACCUCUCUCAGAUUUUUUUCUCUCAAUCUCUCCAAUGUCGAACACGGCGGGAUUAACGAUUUUCGACGGUGAUCUACUUAGAUCCAUCGAUCUAAACCUACCGGAACACCAACACAGAGUCACCGGAGCUCAACUUCUCGAGAUCUCUGAAUCAAAAGUUUCUCAAUCUCUCUCUGGUCUCUCACUACCACCACAUCUCAAAGAAACAGCGAUUUCUCAAGUCUCCGAUGGAGAUCACGUCACUUUCCGUCGUACGAUGUUCAAUAAACAACAAGCUUCUGAGAAACUCGGAGUUUUCUUCUCCACCGUCGCCGAUGCUCUCAAAGAUACACCAAUUGUGGUGUCAAUAUUGGAUGGGACUAUGUUGAAGAUGUUUUUGGAGGAUGAAGAUGAUUUUGCAAUGUUGGCAGAGAAUUUGUUCACUGAUUUAGAUGAAGAAGAUAAAGGAAAGCUUUGUAAGAGUGAGAUACGAAAAGCUCUUGUACAUAUGGGUGUUGAAAUGGGUGUUCCUCCACUCUCAGAAUUUCCCAUAUUAGAUGAUAUCAUUAAGAAGCAUGAUGCUGAUAGUGAUGAAGAGCUUGGACAAGCACAAUUUGCAGAACUACUGCAACAAGUUCUACAAGAAAUAGCAGAUGUCCUUCAUGAGAAACCAAUAACUAUUGUCCUAAACGUUGAGAUUUUCACUGGAUCAAGGAUUCGUAAGAUUCUUGCUGAUGAGAAGACACUCAAGUGUCUUGUAGAGAAAACGAUUUUGGAAGAGUCGAACGGAAAAGAGAGCCAAGGAUGGUUAAGGACGUUGAUAAUAAAGAAUGGGAAAGAGUUAGGAUUGCCUCCGUUAUCUUCAGAAAACGAACAAGUGGCUCUUCUCUAUGAGACCAUAAUUUCUCAGUUGAAUAACAAAGAGAAUGCUUCUACAAAAGAGGAGUUUAUGGAUGCUCUAAAGGAUAUACUUAAGAAAUUUGAGGAGUUGCUCGAAACAACACCGGUGUUUUCUGCUAUCAAUCUCUAGAAGACUAGAACAAGCCAUUAUUCUCUCGUUACAGAGAGGCAGAGAGAGAGAGCUUGACAAAAUCUCCGAGGUGUAUUAUUGUAUAUCUAAGAAUAUUAGUCACACACACACCCAUUAACUCUGCCAUAUAGAUAGGCACAGUAAGGAUUCUGAAGUAUAAAUGGUAUGUAUGAUUAUUGAUUAUGAAAACAUUGUAAUUAGCAUUUGGACAAAACUAUUGUUGUGUAAGAUGACUUUUUGAGACAGAAAGUUACACAGGCGUUGGUAGAUCAGAGUCGUUUUGCUGCUUGAAA